AGUGUAGGUGAGUGGGUUCCCUUGCGGCCUUGUUGCCAAACCUGAGUGGGUGGAGUCACGUGAUUCACAAUUCCACCAUAUUUGGGCAUCAGCUGACCACGUGAUUCCGCAAUUCAACCUCAUUCCUGGGUCACGUGACCCGCAUUUAUUCCAUAUAUGGAGGUCGCAUGACAGGAAUCGUAAGGAAGUGCCUAGCCAGCCCAGCAGCACUUUUCGCAAGAUGAUCCGCCGGUCUUAAAAAUAAGUGUGCCAAGAUUCGAGAAAUUGUGUUAGCACUUGUGAGUUCUCCGUCUUUACACGAGAUUUGCUUAGUUAUCCUGCUUAGUUAUACUCUGUAACUUUGCUUGCAUAUUGGACGAUUUGCUGACCUUUUGGGAGCUAGGUUUAUACAAAGUUAUAAUGAUGAUGGAUGCACUGGAGGGACGCAACAUCGAGGAAGAUAUAAACUUCUUCCUCGAGCAACAGACGGUCCACCAACCUCCACCUUUCCCUCAUUUCCCUCCCCCAAACGAUGUACCAAGUUCUGACCCUGGAGAUGAGGAGCUAGAAGUUCCAGAACCUGCUAAGAAUGAAAAUGGUAAAGAUGUGUACGUAUGUGACUCUUGUGGAGCUUUGUUUGCUUACAGUUACUCUCUCCUGGCUCACAAGAGGCACAAGUGUCAUGCUGGAAAGGGAGAGUUCAAGUGUGAUCUCUGUCACAAGAGGUUCAACUUUCCUUCCCAGCUUCAGAGACACAUGCCAACCCACACAGGAGAGAAGCCGUUUCAGUGCCACCACUGUCCCAAGGCUUUUAAUGAGAGUAGCAAUCUAAAGCAGCACAUGUUGAUCCACACGGAUCAGAAACCAUUUUGUUGCGAUUUUGCUACUUGUGAGAAACGGUUCAGAUCCGCAAGCAAUCUCAAGGUGCACAUGAGGACCCACACAAAAGAAAGGCCCUACAUCUGCGAAUACAGCGGAUGCGGGAAGAGGUUCGUCAGUGCUGGCGACCUCAAGAGGCACUUCAGAAUACACACCAAAGAGCGACCUUAUGUCUGCCAGUACUGUGGCAAAAGCUUCAUCCAGGGACCGUACCUGAACAUUCACAUUCGGUCCCAUACUAAGGAGAAGCCCUACACGUGUAGUCACUGUGGUAAAGCCUUCUCUCGGACCAGUACUCUUAAGAUACAUCUCCGACUUCACACUGGUGAGAAAGGAUCGGAGAAAGCGAGCAAGCCUAAAAUCUAUAAAUGUAGCCCGUGUGACAAAACCUUUGACACGCACAACAGUUUACAGAUGCACAAUGCAGUAUCCCAUGCUAAAACAGAGCCUAUUGAGUACGAUCAAGGACCACCACGAGUCUCUCCGCUGGAGCACCAAAUGUACAGUCCUUAUAAGGACCCUUAUAAGGACCCUUACCCUCCACAUCCCAUGAUGCAUCACACCCUCCCUCCCAUGACAGACAACUACUCCUACAUGCAGUCCCUGAUGUACGACUACAGUGACAGAGAGGUGCCGUGCGGCACCCUCCCCAACGGUCAGACAGUGCCGCUUAUUGGACGUAACGCUAGCAUCGUCAGACCCAGACCUAAGAGAGCAGAGGGUGGAGGACCUACACCGCUGUCUCCAGACUUCAUACCUCAGAGAGAUAAAAUGGGAAUGCUACCCCCCAUGUUACCACCUCUCUCCGGACCAGACUUCUACCCUCCCUCCAGUAUGAGCAUGUUAUCAGAUUUAUCAGGGGAGAAGAUCCCCCCUCUAGUUCCAGUACCCCUACCUCCUCCAGGACAGUUUAACUUCCUUCCUCCCAUAGCUCACCUUCACGACCCACUCUACCCAGUGUGCAGUAUGGGGAUGCCGAUGGGAAUGCCGCAUUUAACGGAGGACGGGCACAUGUCACAUCUACCACAUGACAUGCCGCACCCACACAUGCCACCGGGUAUGAUGGAUAUGAGACAGAUGCCGCCCAUACCGCCACCCGCACAGCCCCUGGGCAGCGUGUUCAAACCUUACCAGCACCUCGAUAUGGGGAUGGGACUUGCAUCUGAUGAGGAUGAGGACGUGAAGCCAGGUCUUAAUGACAUCUUUAAUGUAGACCCUUCGGAUUCUAUUUCUAAAUCUAUGAUAUGAGGGGUUUCAGUAUGUUGCUCAAGAGUUAUUGAUACCUGCGUGGUCUGAACUGUUUUCUGUAAGAAUUAAGUAUAAAGUUCAAUACGAUAAAGCCUUGAACGUAGCAAAGAGGGCUACUGAAAUUUUUCAGACAAAAACGUUUGGACUUCUCACAAUUGUCGGAUCAAGCCGAAUUUUUAUUUAAAACGGUUUGUAAACUUUUUAAUAACCAUGCUUGAUGCAUGUGUGAUUGUGAUGUCAUUUAUUUGGUAUUUGCGACGGGUUUAAUUUAUUGAUUUCAAAUCAUAAUUAUAUUUGUUUUAUACAUGGUUUGUAAGUCGGUAUGAAUCAGUUUUUAUCAUAUCUUUAUCGAAAUUUGAUAGAUCUA